CGGACAGAUUGCGAGAUGGAAGAGCGCUGGUAUCCCUCGCCUCCGGUGUGCGUCAUAUGCAGUCCACCUAGAAGUGUGCUCUACAGUAAAGAAAUCCACGAUUCCGAGAUCCACGCGGUCAGAUUUAGCCCCAAUUCCAGGAUGGUGGCCACCGGAGGAGCAGACCGGAUGGUGAAGCUCUGGUAUAUCGUUGGAGGUCAGCUUCAGAUGCACCAAACCCUGCAGGGGAGCAAUGGAGGAAUCACUAGUAUAGAGUUCGAUCCCUCGGGUCUGCAGCUCCUGGCAGCAUCAUUCAAUGGGUCAGCUCAUCUCUGGAAACUGGACGGUAGAUCCAAGGAAACUCUGACCGGACACACCGGCAAAGUGACAGCGGCCAAGUUUAAGAUGUCAGUGAACCGCGCGGUUACCUGCAGCAUGGACCGGACCAUCCGGGAGUGGGACCUGCAGAAAGCAGCCUGUAUCCGGCAUAUUCCAGUCUCCUCGUAUUGCAGUGACGUUGUUUGUUCCGAUAUGUACACAAUCAGUGGUCAUCACGACAAGAAG